GGACCAAAAAUUUCAUAAACCGCGUCUCUUUUUCCCCAAACCUUCAAAACACCAUAAUCCUCCCUAAUACCCAUCUCACUCACCUCCCUCAUCACUCUCACUCUCAAUCUCUCUACCGCUGCUCUCCCAAACUUUGACCGACGAAAGCUUUCAUACAAGGCUUUGCUGAGAAGCUGAAAGAGGGAGAGAGAGAGAGGGAGAUCGACCGGGUGAGCAGUGGAUCACGAUGAGAGGGAAAUUUGGAGAUGCUGAGAGUAUCAAAAUAGAGGCCACUAUGUUUGAUGGGUGCGAACCUGUUCCUAAGCUUGGAGAUGACAGCUCUGGGGAAGAUAUGCGCCUUCACCUUAGCUUGCUUGUUGAUAUCUCCAGGGACGAUGGCGGUGAUGAAUUGGAGUUUUUGUGCUCCGCUUGGCCGGAUUUGUUGGAGGUUCAGAAAGUUUAUAUGCUUAGGCGCGAUGGAAUGCUGGCUAGGCCUUACAUGGGACCUGAUUUUAGGAAAUUGGAUGCUAAGAUUCAGAAGGCACUAAAGAAGUACUUAGAGGCAAGGGGGAUAAACCAUGAACUCUCUGUUUUCUUGCAUGAAUAUAUGAUGAACAAGGAUAGAACUGAACUUAUCCAAUGGUUCGGAGAUGUCGAGACAUUUUGUGGAAAAAUAGAAAAGUGUAUUCUUUUUUACUGCAUGUGUGAGAUUUCAUCGCCAAGUUUGUUAUUUUAAAUUUGGUUGGAAUGAAGUCUCUGCUGUAGGUAUUCAUUUUUGAUGAUUUGUAUGUAGAAUGAGUUAGCAAAUUUGAGGUUUAUGCAGCAUGUAGCAACUCAAAACUGAAAUGUGAAAUUGGAACUAGCAACUAUUUAUGUUCGGCUUCAAGAUGCUUAUCAUUUGUAUAUUUACGUAUAGAAAAUUAUAGGACUUGAGAAUUGGUGAAAUCAUGGAUUCUUUGUACAUGGGUAGUGUCUCCUUUAGCACUUUGUAAUGUACCUAUAGAGAAAUGAAGGUAUGCAGUCUUCUUGUUUUUACUACAUGUUUUCAUCAAAUGAAGAAGUAUGGCCUUAUGCAUAUAGAGUCUUACCAAUUUGCACUAAUCUGUCUGAACCACUUCUGGUAGUUUAAUGGGUAUCGGUAUGGUUCUUGUAUUGGUUUAUCCCAAUUUUAACUUCAAUUAUGCUUAACGCUAUUAUGAUAAAAUGGCUUGAGUAUCCGAAUUUAUCAAAGAAAGAAGUAGAGCACAAUAAAUGCAGAUUGAGCGAGGAAGAAAGAUUUUGAUUGCAAGUAUAGUGCCAAGUGUAAGGUUGUGAGGUAUAUAUUUAGAACAUAUUGGCAUGAACUCUAGCUGAAAUUAAUAAUGUAAACACUCGGUUUCUUUUCAUUAUAUUGUUCGUUCUAUCACUGGUAAUUCCCAGUAUCUCAUUAGUUUUAUCUGUCAUUCUUACACAAAUUAUGUCAUCUCUUGUAGAAGAAGAAAGUUAAGGCAUCUUUAAGAUAUAUCCUUUCUAUAUGCCAUAUCCAAUGCCUUUGGUGAUUCUAACCUUUGGAUCUCGGUUAUAUUCUCAAUGCUAAUGGUACUGAUUUUCACAUGAACACAAUUUGGCAUAUAACAUGUGCUACAAAACAGCCGCAUAUUUACUUUCUCAAACUUGAUUUGAUCCCAUGCUUGAUUUAUGCGCUUAA